ACACACCCGUCUUCCUUCCAUUUGGAUGGUGUUUAAAAGCCAACUGGCCACCGCAUUGAUGAAGUUUUCUCAGUCAAAGUAGUACUCGUUUGACGUCGCGGGCGGUGUUCCACCACCACUCGUCCCCGGCGUGUGUCUCUGUCUACUCCUUCAGGCUCCCUAAUCAACCCAACAACAUCUCGUCCAAACCAUGGUUCUCUUAAACGAUAAGAAAUAUGCUUGGGCCAUCGAUCCUCUGCAUGCAAACACAUCCGAUCGACCUCUAUAUGAAAUAAAGAAAAAAGGUCGUCCAGUGACCCAGUGUGAACACUGCAGAGAACUCCGUAAAACCAAGCAAGUGCACGUAAAAUGUCUAUGCGGUCAAGAUCCGAGCGGUGCAGGCGGCGAGGCGUCCAACAAAAAAGGGACAGCCAAAUUGCCAGCCGUUGCUGCCUUUCCUCGUGGUCUUCCCGAGGAUCUCGAGGCGCUGGCCAUUCUACCUGCAAUAUCCGACGGAUCGGUUGACUCAGAUCAUAGCGGUGAAACUUCUCCUAGCGGCUGUAGAUGUAACAAAGCAGGUCCGUGCGAUUGCGCCGUCCCCCGAAAGGCGGUUCCUCGUCGUCGCUUGUCAAAUCAUGAUGCGACUAGAGGCGAUAAGCACCGCUCGGAAACUUCUUUGUCUUCGACGAAGGAACCGUUUCCUCCACUUUCUUCCCAUGUCAUCGCUCGCAUCGCUGAAUUGCGUCCCGUCCUUCCGCGUCCUGCCCGGACCCUUUCUGAAGGACCCAUCCACGAUCCAUCCUUAGGCACUCCUCAUGGCCACAACUUUCGCCAUCACUCACAUGACAACAUGUUUUUCAGCCCCUACAACCGUGCCUACGAACAGACCCACAUUCCGGAUUUCGCCCAUGAGCGUAAACCCACGAUGGCAGCUGGAGAUGGUCGCAUGUUGGCCUCUUUAGCCUCUAUACAACAAGACGCCAUGACUGGAAUAUCUUCCGCAGUUGAAUCAUGGCAAUCUAUCGGUGGGGGCCCCCCUUCUUCAUGUGCUUGCGGCGAUUCGUGCAGCUGUCCAGGGUGUUCACAGCACAAUGGCGCUGCGAUCUCACCAGGCGGGGCAUAUGCCUCUUGCACUAAUCCUACGAGCUGCACGUUUUGUCUCGAUUGUACAAUUUUGUCCUUCUCCGCCAAUACUGCCCAGCCGUCCCUCGACACCAAUUCAGAUCCUCAGUCACGUGAACUCGAAGAAUGGCUGCGACAGAUAUCCGGCUCUGCAUCACCAACUCCAAUGGGCAUGCAGCCAACUAUCAGUCCGUAUGAGUUGGUCGUCAACAACCAGGUGCAUGCACUGCCUAAUGCCGAAGGAAUCAUGCGCUCGGCUGUAACACAAGCUGAUAACCGCUAUGGGCGCUGUCCUUCCUGCCCCGGAGGUUCAUGUAGCUGCUCUGCCGGUGGGCGUCAGUGUGAACAGCCUAAUGAUGGAUUCAGGUCGCGCACAACUUUCGCCGUGUCCGGUGAGCGUGGAGCAUGCUGCGAUAAGCCCGAGAUGGUUUCCGGAGCUGCCAUACCGCAUCGGCCGCCACGCAUACCGGACUAUAUGACCAUGACUAGCAUUCGGAACGGUCCGGUGACAAACGCGAACGUGCGUCAAGCAGAAAACUACCCCGAACAGGUAAAUUACAUGAACGGUGUCGAAGCACCUAGUCGGUCUUCUUCCACGUCGUCCACGUCAAGUCGAUUGUCACGUACAUCACCAAUCAGUGGGAACAACUCUGGCAUGUUUCACAAUGGUGCCUUAGCCGGCAGCGCUUCCCAGUCACGACCUCGGAAUGUCACCGUCAAUGGCUAUCGCAGUUACGGACAACCCCAGGCUCCUCCACGGACUUCUGGUCAUAAUCAAUACGACGCAUACCCUGGCUUCAAUCCCACGCAGUUCUGA